CCCAGCCCCCAAAAAUAUCCCUAUAUAAACUCAUCCUCCCAACAAUCUUCUCCACUCACCUCACUCUUCACUUCUCCAACUCCCACCAAUAUCUCACAACAAGAGUCGAGACCACCUCCUCAAAAUGCCUUGCUCAAUCUCUCUCAACUCCCUCACUCAUCUCUCCAAAUCCACCGUCUUUCCGGACCAAAAAACAAGUCCAGUUUUAAUGAAACUCUCGGUCUCUGAUCUUCCUAUGCUCUCCUGUCAUUACAUUCAGAAAGGCUGCUUAUUCGCUCCACCACACGUUCCGAUCCCCGAGCGCAUCGCGCUCCUCAAACAAGGCCUUUCCAAGACUCUGUCCCAUUUCCCCGCGCUGGCUGGGCGUUUGAUAACUGACCAGGAGGGCUAUGUUUACAUCUCAUGUAACGAUGCUGGCGCGGAGUUUAUACAUGCUACUAGUACUCAUGUUUCCAUCAGGGACAUUUUGUCCCCGGUCCAUGUUCCUGAUUCUGUCAAACAGUUCUUCGCGUUUGACGGGGUUGUCAGCUAUGAAGGUCAUUUUAGGCCUAUUCUGGCGGUCCAGGUCACGGAGUUACACGAUGGAAUUUUUAUCGGGUGUUCUGUUAAUCACGCUGUGGUGGACGGAACUUCGUUAUGGAAUUUCUUCAAUACUUUUGCUGAAGUUUGUAAUAGGGGCGCUAGAAAGAUGUCGAAGCAGCCUGAUUUCAGCCGCGACUCUGUGAUUAUAUCAUCGGCAAUCCUGAAAGUUCCUGAGGAAGGACUUAAGGUGACGUUUGAUGUGCACGCUCCGUUGAAGGAGAGGAUUUUUAGUUUCAGCCGGGAGUCAAUUCUGAAGCUGAAAGAAAAGGUUAAUAAUAAUAAGAAAUGGAGUUUGUUUGGUAACGGAGGAAUUGACGCGGUGGAAUUGAUGGCGAAGCAGAGUAAUGAUCCGAUGAACGAGAAGAUCACGUCGAUGAUUGUGAAUUGGCUGGGAAUUAACGGAGUGACGAAAACGGAAAUGAACGAUCCGACGGUGGAGAUUUCAUCUUUUCAGUCCCUAUGUGCUCUUCUUUGGCGAGCGGUGACACGUGCUCGUAAAUUCCCAGCCAACAAAACGACCACGUUUCGGAUGGCAGUGAAUUGCAGGCACAGGCUCGAGCCGAAGCUGAAUCCGUAUUAUUUCGGAAACGCAAUUCAGAGCAUUCCGACUUAUGCCCCGGCUGGGGAGGUUUUGUCGCACGAUUUGCGGUGGUGUGCGGAGCAGCUGAACAAAAAUGUCAAGGCUCAUGAUGAUCAAAUGGUGAGGAGCUUUGUGAAGAAUUGGGAGAAGGAUCCGCGUUGUUUCCCAUUGGGAAACUUCGAUGGCGCUAUGAUCACAAUGGGGAGUUCGCCUCGGUUUCCGAUGUACGAAAAUGAUUUCGGGUGGGGGAAACCGAUCGCGGUUCGAAGCGGGAAGGCGAAUAAAUUUGACGGGAAGAUUUCGGCGUUUCCGGGCCGGGAAGGUGGCGGAAGUGUGGAUUUGGAGGUGGUUUUGGCACCUGAGACAAUGGCUGGAUUGGAAGCGGAUUCGGAGUUUAUGCAAUUUGUUUCGGGGUGUUAGUGUUUGAUUUUGUAAUGUAAGAUGAGUCUCUGUGGACAUAAUAUGUACUUCUAGUUGUUUAACUGAUUAAUGCUUUGUCAUUUGUAAUUUCUGGAAUUGAUUAGCCUUUAACUUUUUACAUCAAACUGGAGGUCUUUAUCCCCUUUUCUAAUAUAUCUUCGAGGAUUCGAAGUGGA